AUGUUAUCAGGAAUUAAUAGUAUUUUACGCACAUAUGCAUAUUUUAUUAUCGGUCCAAUAGCUGUUAUAUUCAACAUUCCUAUUUUUCUAUUUGUAAUUAUGCGUAAAGCACUCAGAGAAACAUAUAUUGUUAUUGCUGUUGUUUUCCUCAAUAGUGGAUUUACCGGAAUUGGUGUGAUAUUAAUAGCAAUGAAACGCUUAUCAAAUUCAAACGAUGAAAAAUUGAUAAAUCAUCACGAAUGCGUGCUAAGUAUAGCCAUUAUUCUUCUAGCAGUACUUUGUGUAAAUGGAAUGAGUUUGUUGAUGAACAGCGCAGAAAGACUUUCAGUUGUAGCAUUUCCGGUAUAUUAUUAUGUUCAUAACGCACGAAUAAGUUAUUCAUUAAUUGUUGCACAAUAUGUGAUUACAAUCAUUGCUGUAAUUAUUACCGUCGCUGCAAGUUUAAUUGAACCAACUCGGCAAAUAUCAAAUCUUUGCAUGUUACAAGACGUAUAUUCACCUUAUUUUUAUAAAGCGAUAUUACUAAUGGUUUGCAGUGCUUCAUCUAUGAGUGUUGUUCUUAUGAUUAUUGUUGUUAUCAUUCUGAGAAAGAAAUUCGGUAAGCAAUUCCUUUCAAAUAAUUCGUAUAACCGCGAUCUGUCACAUUUUCUCAAUAAUCAGGAGCGAUACACUAAAACGGCAAUAAUCUCUGGUUGUCUCACAUUUUUUCUUGUCGUGAUACCAUCAAUUGUGGAAUAUAUGCACAUAAUGGAUCCCUCCGAUACGUCGAAGUUCGUGGUGAUCUGUUGCACGCAUUUGCGCCUGCUGAAUUCCUUCAAUAUGGUGGUAUUGUUUUUGUAUCGUCAAAAAGAUUUUCGGUAUGAUGUAUUUCAGUGGUUCAAUUUCCUGUUAUACGGACGAAAACAACAAGUCCAACCAAUGUAG